GUAGUAGUAUUGGUGUUUACGGGACCGUCAGUCAGCACAGUCAAACGAGAAGUCAAUACCAACUCGACACGCAAUCCCCAAUCAUCUACAACAUAACCGUAGACAGAACUGUAGACUGGGGAGACCACAACCAACUCUACGCUGUCCCUUUUUACGAAUCACCCGAACUAGAGUAUGGAGAACACCAGCUCGACGUAACCGUCGACCGCCAAUGGACACCACAAUGGAAACGUUUCAUCUUUGACUUUUUGACCAUCCGCGUCAAAAACGAUACGACCGAUUCAAAUCACUUUAUGGUCGACGAAAGCGAUCCGAUAGUGCGCUACACCGGCAACUGGGAAAAGGAAGCUUCGGCAAAGUAUAACUACAAGGGAACCACCCACAAGGCUAGCUCUAGUGGAUGUGUAUCGAUACUGCCGUUCUCUGGAAACGCCAUCGAAGUCUAUGGCGCCUUUCGGAGUUCGAGUAACGACUCGGCCUCCAUCAUAUCCUUCCAAAUCGACGACGGGCCCAAAUACAAUUUCGACUCUUUCAACACUCAGGGCAAGAUACAUCCCGCUGUUCGACUAUUUUCGAGGGCCGGUAUAACAGAAGGUCAACACACCCUUCGUAUGGAGUCACUCUCGAGAACAGAAGUGUGGCUCGACUAUUUCAUGUACAAAUCUUCACCUCCCGAUAAUGGCUUCUCCAACACAUCUCCUUCUUCUACUUCUACCUCUCCGUCACAAAAGUCGAAUACGGCCGCCAUCGCAGGUGGAGUGGUCGGUGGUAUCGCCGGGUUGGCGUUGCUCAUCCUUCUACUCCUCCUCUAUCGCCGAAAACGUCGAGAUCCAGCCAUAAAAGAAGGAAAAAACGACAAAACUGGUGCGUCUACAGGUUACGAAGCAGCUUCCAAACCACCCUAC